CUGAGAAGCUGUGUGCUCUGACCUUUCAUCGCGAGGAUCUCCAUUCGAAAGGGAACUCAACGUGCAAAAGGAGAGAGAAGGCCUUGCCCGACUUCGCGAAGUCUGACCUGGUCUGAUUCCAAGUAGACAGCAGCUCAAGCCAAUUUUAGGUGGGACAAGCCAAUCCGGAGGAAGAAGCAUGGCGCAGCCACUUGUGCUUCGACCAACCUUGGAAGAAGUGUCUCGGCUACUGCUGGACACCGCUCAGCCUACUGCGUUCUCAGGAGGAGCAGUGCCCUCGACCUCUGCACCAACAGCCGAUCAUGCUGCCGGUGCUGCGCAGGGUAACAUCGUGCCGGUCUAUGCAUCACUGCCAGCAGACCUGCUCACUCCCGUGAUGGCCUACCUCAGGCUGUCUGGAGGUUCCGAUACUAGGCGAAGGAGCUUCUUGUGCGAGAGCGUCACCAAUGGCGAGAAGAUUGGUAGAUGGAGUUUCGUGGGGGCGGAUCCCUACAAAGUCAUAAGAACGGGGGCAAACACCGUCAACCCCGGAGAUCCUCUUGCGGUGCUUGAGAAGGAGCUUUCGCCCUUCCGCUACAUCUCUUUGCCCAAUCUACCUCGCUUCACAGGAGGUGCCAUGGGCUACAUAUCCUACGACGCUAUCGCCCACUUUGAGCCUCGUACUGCCAGACCUCUAAAGGACGUUUUGGGCGUGCCAGAAGCCAUCUUUAUGCUUUGCAACGACCUCAUCGCCUUUGAUCACACAUUUCAAAGCUUAAAAGUCAUCUCCCACGUCCAUCUACCGGAUGAUCAUGCCAGUCGGGCCGACAAGUCAACAGCAAGUGCUGAGGUGCAGAGACUCUAUGCGCGAGCUGCUUUGCAGGUACAAGCGCUGGUCGAGAGGCUAUUGGACCCAGUCACUCCGUUGCCGAAGCAGCGGUCGGUCCGACCUGGAACCGAAGCAGUGUCUAAUGUAGGCAGAGAGGGCUACGUUCGCUUUGUGAGGGAGCUAAGGAAGCACAUCAUAGCUGGCGACAUCAUCCAAGCUGUACCUUCUCAGCGACUGAGCAGGAAGACGGACGUGCAUCCUUUCAACGUCUACAGACAUCUAAGGAGCGUCAAUCCAAGCCCAUACAUGUUCUACUUGGAUGUGGGAGACGCGAGGCUGGUCGGUGCGAGUCCGGAAACGCUGUGCAAAGUUGAGCAGGGAAGAGUGGCUGUCCAUGCCAUUGCUGGUACAGUGAAACGCGGCGCGAGCGAAGAAGAGGAUAAGAGGCUGGCCGAAGAGCUGCUGGCGUCUGCUAAAGAUCAAGCAGAACACGUCAUGCUGGUCGACUUGGCACGCAACGAUGUUUCAAGGGUCUGCGAUCCUCAUACCACGACUGUAGAAAGCUUUAUGAAGGUGGAAAAGUUUAGUCACGUCAUGCAUUUGACGAGCCGGAUCACUGGCUUCUUGCGACAGGGCAAAAGCAGAUUCGACGCCUUGCGCUCCAUCUUUCCGGCGGGCACCGUGUCGGGUGCGCCAAAGAUCAGAGCGAUCGAAUUGGUCAGCGAAUUGGAAGGCGAACGCAGAGGCGUCUACGCCGGUGCUGUGGGUCACAUCGACUACUCCGACGAUAUGGACGUUUGCAUUGCCAUUCGUACCAUGUGCUUCUUGCCUCAGGGGGGGCAGGAUGAGACGGAAAGCGGAAGUCACACCGCCUAUCUGCAAGCAGGCGGAGGAAUUGUGUACGACAGCGUCGAGGAAGACGAGUAUCAAGAGACCCUGAACAAGCUUGGUGCCAAUGUGCGAUGUCUGCAGCAAGCUGAAGAGUUCUACAUCCAGGAGCAAAUGGUCGAGCGCUCCGCUUAAAGGAUCUAUUGCAUUGCAAGGCCGUGUACUAUGUGUGCGCGCUCUACUAUGUUGCCUGUCUGCCUCUCGGAGCGUUCUCCUCUGCGGACUCUGAAGCGGCCGAGGCAACAGCGACAGCGGCGUUAUUCUGAGUGGCAGACCUUCUUAGAUCUCUACUGUCCGCAGCUGCAGCCGUUGCCGCCGAGGCGCGACUUUGCGACCUUGAUCGUGAAGCGUCACGCAGGCGCGCCAUUGCAGGCCCUCGCGAAGGUCUGAGCCAGCGCGGCAAGAAGCGCACAGA